CCGGGCAGGCAGCGGCGGCCGCGCGGCGCUCCCCGCCAGCAUGUUCGCCGCCGGGCUGGCCCCCUUCUACGCCUCCAACUUCAGCCUCUGGUCGGCCGCGUACUGCUCGUCGGCCGGCCCGGGCGGCUGCUCCUUCCCCCUGGACCCUGCCGCUGUCAAGAAGCCAUCCUUCUGCAUCGCAGACAUCCUGCACGCCGGCGUUGGGGAGCCGGGGGCGGCCCCAGACGGCCUGGCUGGGGCCUCGGCCGCCGCCCUCACCGCGCACUUGGGCUCGGUUCACCCGCACGCCUCUUUCCAAGCCGCCGCCAGGUCCCCGCUUCGACCCACGCCGGUGGUGGCGCCCUCCGAAGUCCCAGCUGGCUUCCCGCAGCGGCUGUCCCCGCUGUCGGCCGCUUACCACCACCAUCACCCACAGCAGCAGCAGCAGCAGCCCCAGCAGCAGCCGCAGCAACAGCCUCCCCCGCCACCCCGGGCCGGCGCCCUGCAGCCCCAGGCCUCGGGGGCGCGGGUGGUUCCGAACCCACACCAUAGCGGCUCGGCCCCGGCCCCCUCCAGCAAGGACCUCAAAUUUGGGAUUGACCGCAUUUUGUCUGCAGAAUUUGACCCAAAAGUCAAGGAAGGCAACACGCUAAGAGACCUCACCUCCCUGCUAACUGGCGGGCGGCCCGCAGGGAUGCACCUCCCGGGCCUGCAGCCCUCCGCCGGCCAGUUCUUCGCGUCUCUAGAUCCCAUUAACGAGGCUUCUGCCAUCCUGAGUCCCUUAAGCUCGAACACGAGAAAUUCAGUUCAGCAUCAGUUUCAAGACACGUUUCCAGGCCCCUACGCGGUACUCACGAAGGACACCAUGCCACAGACCUACAAGAGAAAACGCUCGUGGUCGCGCGCCGUCUUCUCCAACCUGCAGAGGAAAGGCCUGGAGAAGAGGUUCGAGAUCCAGAAGUACGUGACCAAGCCGGACCGAAAGCAGCUGGCGGCGAUGCUCGGCCUCACUGACGCGCAGGUGAAGGUGUGGUUUCAGAACAGGCGGAUGAAGUGGCGGCACUCCAAGGAGGCCCAGGCCCAGAAGGACAAGGACAAGGAGGCGGCGGAGAAGCCACCAGGCGGAACCCCGGCUUUCGACGGCGAGCGGGACGAGCGGAGCCCCAGCCGCUCGGAAGGCGAGGCGGAGAGCGAGAGCAGCGACUCCGAGUCCCUGGACAUGGCCCCCAGCGACUCAGAGCGGACUGAGGGCACUGACAGGGCUCUGCAUCAAACGGCCGUCACCAAGGCCCCGGCUGCGGGCGCCCUGGUCACCGCCAGCAGCGUUGGGAGCGGCGGCAGCAGCGGCCGCAGCGGUUUGAGUCUCAGCAGCGCCAGCAGCCUCAGCAGCAGCGGCGGCAGCAGCAGCGCGGGCAGCGCCAGCAGCUUGGCCAGCAGCGGCGGCGGCCCCUCGGAGCUGCCCUUGGCGCCCCAGCCCAGCCUCAGCAACGCUCCCCAAAGCCCCGAGCCUGCCCCAGCGCCCCCCGGCGGCCUAUAGGCUGGGUGGGCGCAGAGGGCCCGGGCUGGAGGCCAGCCCCGCGGCCGCUGAUCUGGUGGCUCCUCCACGCCAGGGCCGGCCCAGGGCUGGGACGCGCGGCGGAGCCUCCUUGCCGAAGUUCAGCCGUCGCCGCUCGGCUGCCGGGUUGGCCGCAGCCGGCACUGCGCAGAGCGGAGGAGGGUCUCAGUAGCCCCCCCAUGCCAGCCGCACCACUCCUCCCCAGAAACAAGCAGCUGGCGCUGUGAAGUGUCUGACUGAAUCGUUCCUCCCCCCACCAGGGGUCGUGGCGCAAAGACAUGCACUGAGGACGCCUUAAACUUGUAAAUAAAAUGUUUACUUUUGUUUGUAAAG